AUGGGCAGAAACGGUCAAUAUGGUGGUUAUUUUAAAGGUCUAGAUGGGUUUGGAAAAACUAUGGAAGAUGUAAAGAUACGAACUGGUUUCGGUGGAUUUCUUACUUUAGCAUCAGCAAUUUUAAUUGUGACUUUAGUUUUAGUUGAAUUUGUAGAUUAUAGAACAUUACAUUUAAAUCCUUCAAUAGUAGUAGAUAAAUCUAGAGGUGAAAAAUUAAUUGUAGAUAUGAAUAUUACAUUUCCUAGAGUACCUUGUUAUCUACUUAGUGUGGAUUUGAUGGAUAUUAGUGGUGAACACCAAAACGAUGUUAAUCAUGAUAUGACGAAAACAAGACUUAACCCUGAUGGUACUUUAGUCAGUGCUAGCGUUAGUAAAGGUCUUAAAGGAGAACUUGAUACAAUUGCUGCAACUCGAGCUCCAGGUUAUUGUGGUUCUUGUUAUGGUGGUACACCACCUGAAUCAGGAUGUUGUAAUACAUGUGAAGAAGUCAGGGAAAGCUAUGUCAGACGUGGCUGGAGUUUUAGUAAUCCAGAUGGAAUUGAACAGUGCGUACAAGAACAUUGGUCAGAUAAAAUUAAAGAGCAAGAAAAAGAAGGUUGUAAUAUGAAUGGACAAGUCAAAGUCAACAAAGUAAUUGGAAACUUUCAUAUGUCACCUGGUCGAUCAUUUCAAACCAACGCAAUGCAUGUACACGAUUUAGUACCUUAUUUGCAAACAGGCAAUUCACAUGAUUUCGGUCAUAUCAUUCAUAAAUUUGCUUUUCUUGCUGAACAUCAAAGUCCAGAUGAUGAUGAAACUCGUCGAAUUAAAACUAGUUUAGGUAUUGUAAAUCCAUUAGAUGGAAUCAAAGCACAUACCGAAGAGAGUAAUUAUAUGUUCCAAUACUUUUUAAAAGUGGUUGGAACUGAAUUUCAUCUUUUAGAUCAAAGAGUAGUCAAAACUCAUCAAUAUUCAGUUACACAAUAUGAAAGAGAUUUAACUAAAUCAAGUCGAGGUGGAACAGAUGAAUUAGGUCAUCAAACCAGUCAUGGUUAUGCAGGUGUACCUGGUUUAUUCUUUAAUUAUGAAAUCUCACCCAUGCAAGUGAUUCAUAAAGAAUAUAGACAAUCUUUUGCACAUUUUGCUACUUCUACUUGUGCAAUUAUUGGGGGAGUCUUAACGGUGGCUGGGUUGAUUGAUAGUGCAGUUUAUGGUGCUAGAAAUCGAAUCAAAUUACAAAGUUCAGAUGGUGGAUUCGAAUCUCAUUCUAGGACUGGAAAAUUUUUGUAG